AUGCCCAAGUGUAAAGUUUGCGGGGGUGUUAAUUUUAUCAAGGACAUCGCCAACGCCAACAAUGAUACGGUGUGUCAAGACUGCGGUACAGUCGCAGAGGAUAAUCCCAUCGUUUCCGAAGUUACGUUUGGAGAGUCGAGUUCAGGAGCCGCAGUCGUGCACGGUAGCUAUGUGGGUGCUGGACAAUCGCAUGCGGCAUUUGGCCCCAGAGGUGGUUCGUCAGCGCUGGAAUCCCGUGAAGCUACUAUAAACAAUGCGCGCAGGAAACUACGGGCUGUUUCACACGCCCUGAUCAUCCCAGAGUACGUCACAGAGGCUGCAACGCAGUGGUACACGCUGGCUUUGGCCAACAACUUCGUGCAAGGACGUCGGUCUCAAAAUGUCAUUGCUGCGUGUCUGUAUAUCGCGUGCAGAAAGGAAAAGACACACCACAUGCUGAUCGACUUUUCCUCGCGUUUGCAAGUCUCAGUGUAUUCGAUCGGGGCUACAUUUUUGAAAAUGGUAAAGGUGCUUCACAUUACGAAUUUGCCACUCACAGAUCCGUCGCUGUUCAUCCAGCAUUUUGCGGAGAAACUCGACUUGGGAGAUAAAAAGAUCAAAGUCGUGAAAGAUGCGGUCAAGCUUGCACAACGCAUGGCCCGAGACUGGAUGUACGAAGGGCGUCGUCCUGCCGGUAUUGCCGGUGCAUGUUUGCUUCUGGCUUGCCGUAUGAACAACUUGCGGAGGACGCACUCUGAAGUGGUGGCUGUAUCGCACGUUGCUGAGGAAACAUUGCAACAGCGUCUGAAUGAAUUCAAGAAUACCAAGUCCGGGAAGCUAUCCAUCAAUGAAUUUCGGGAGGAAGACGACGACGAAGACAGUACUAAAGGUACAGAAUCUCAUCCACCGUCUUUUGCACGCAACAGGCUCAAGGAAAAGAAACUACGUCAGAAAACUUUGGGGAACGAGUUUGAGACCAGCGAGGAAGCUCUUACCCGAAACCCGAUUUUGUCGCAGGUACUAGGAGCACAAGAAUUGUCGUCUCGAGAAGUGUUGUACUACCUUAAGCAAUUUUCGCGCAGAAGAGAGAAAAGCCAGGAAACAGAAGAGUCUACUGGUUUACCUCUAAGACAAACGGAUGAACAAAGAGAAAAGAGUGAGACUGGUCGUUCGGAUGCACCCGUCAGCGGCGAUGCCGGUUCUGCUUCGGAACAGUUGAACUUCCAAGACUCUAUCGACGGCUACUCUAUCGAAACCGAUCCUCAUCGCCCGAGAAAUCUGCACUUGCUACCCACUACCUCGUCGCUGUUGGCAAAAGUUGCCGAUGAUCCUGAAGACUUACAGGACGUAGACGACGAGGAGCUCGAAGCCCAGUUACUGGACGAAGAGGCUUCCAGACUAAAGGAACGGAUCUGGAUCGGUAUCAAUGGCGAUUUUUUGCUGGAACAAGAAUCGAACAGGCUGAAGCAAGAAGCAGAUCUCGCUUCUGGCAAUGCAUCUGCCAAGAAGCGUGAAAGCACACGGCGUCGCAAGCGGAAGCCUGCUUCUGAAGCAGAGGGUAUUUUGGCCGAUAUCAAGGACGAUUCAGGGCUGCAGGCUGCCUUGAAGCUCGCUGAAGACUCCGGUGACAUAACAACUGCUGACAACGUAAAAAACAUGAUACAAAAGUCUAGUUUUUCGAAGAAAAUCAACUACAAUGCUAUCGAUGGACUAUUUGGAGGCGGUUGA